AAAAACCAUCCGUUGAAAAGAGUGAGGUGGGGGUGAAAAGCACGUCAAGCUCUCUAGGCGGCUCGAACGAUCACAGCGUGUGCUGGUACGUUUCAUUGAGCUCAACCGGAGAAGUUAAUCGUUUAGACCAGCGGAGGAAGCGAAUUAGAUUUCAGCCGAGUCACGCACAGUGAGUGGAUCGGACAGGGCAGCAUCAACCCCGUUUCUCUUCAGCAGUCUGAUAAGGAAACCCAGAUGGACAACAGGAACGCGUCUGAUGACAAGCCCGUUCAGCGUUCUAAGUCUUUCGGUUUAAAGACACAGAACGAGACGUGUGCAACAUGUGAGAAAACAGUUUAUCCGAUGGAAAGAUUGGUGGCCAACAACCUCAUCUUCCACACCACGUGCUUCUGCUGCAAGCAUUGCAACACCAAACUCAGUCUGGGUACUUAUGCAGCGCUGGCGGGGGAGUUUUACUGCAAACCACACUUCCAGCAGCUCUUCAAGAGUAAAGGGAACUACGACGAGGGCUUCGGCCGCAAGCAGCACAAGGAGCUCUGGGCCUCCAAGGAUGCAGAGAGCAUCACCAAGACAGCAUAAUCCUCAAUGAUUUCCAAAGCACCUUUCUCCUCCCUAUCCAAUGAUGAUGACCCUUUAUAUACUCUGCCCUCAUCAGUACACGCAUGCGUGCGCACACACACACACAUACACACACACACACACACACACACACACACACAUUUCAAGCACACAAGCAGUUGAUCCAGGUUUCUCAUCUUAUCACAACACAAUCACAGAUAUACCACCAGGUGAUAAGGUUGAUUAGCUUCCCCUCUGUGUGUUGGUGUUCAUUUUAUUUUUUUGUCCUCCAACCCUUCCCUCUCUACUUGGUUUUAAUUUUUAUUGAGCUUUAGAAAAUGUCUUUUUUUUUUUUUUUUCGUAGAGUUGUGGAGUUAACAGUUAGUUGAUUGUGACCAAAAUCUUUGUGUCCCUAUAGGUGGGAUGAUUCACUUAUCCGCGUCAUUACGAUCCUGUUUGGCAGUAAUAGUGUCGAUUGGUUUUUUUUGUUGGUUUUCUGUUUCAGAUGGUUUAGAUUAUACACUCAGGUAAAGAUUCUGGGUUGUUGCAUCAAGAUUCUUCAGCAAUCCCUUAUGUGCAUAGUGAACCUAAACAUUUUGUUUUAUGAUUGAUAUAUGUCCCUCACUUCAGUUACAGAAAUCUGUACGGUUUUCAAACUAAAUGGCUUAGAAAAGCGUCCCCUAAAGUGGGGAAACUUUAUUUUUAUUUUUUGUCUGCUUUGCUGGCGCAGGGUAUUUUAUCUGUGAAUCUACAGGGUUACACUGUACUGUAAAGAACUCAUUUGAGUUCACAUCGCCCUUACUUUUCAUUCUUUUUCAUCCUCGUUUUAUCUUCUUUUGACAUUUAAGAAUUGCUAUUUGACAGAUCAUGUCAAAUCUGUGAUUCAAUCAGACAAUAUCAGUCUUAUUAAGCAUGAGGAUCUUUUACCAAAUGUAGUUGUAAACACAUUUGCUCAGAUAACAUUUAACUUUAAUGAAUAUUUACCACUCUAAAAUUAAUUUGAUGACAAGUUAAGAUUUAGACUUGCUGAAACCUAGACACAGUCUUAUAUCAGCCAUAAUUUCUGGCGCCCUCUAGUGUUUUGGAUAAUAUUCUUUAUUUGACCUAAUGCUUAUUAUUUGCCAUCUAUUGAUGCCAUCUAGUGAUAUCCAUGCUCAUUUUAUUAAACAUAUAUAUUCCUUGCAUAUCUUAUUUUAGUCAGAUUUUAGUGUCUAAUAUUGUUGCUCAGUGAUUUCUUGUAAAGGCGUUUGUAGAUCAGUACCACUAAGCUGAGUGAAUGUACUGUGAUGAGCUGUAGUGUGUACUUAUGCCUUGCUGCAUGGGACCAAGCUUGUACAACAAAAUUAAGAUAUUCACAGGGAACUAGGUCUCAGAGGAAAUUACAUUUUAUGAUGCUUUGCACCAUUGCCCCCAAUUCCACCACUUCCUGUCAUCGCAACUUUUUUUUGACUGUUUCCUGUGGGCUUCUCUGUGAUGAGGUUUUGUGGGACUUUGAGCACAUACGUAUCCGUGUGGCUCGGAAGCAUUGCUCAGGAAUAUGGAUGGGUCGCAGUGAUCCAGCAGUGUCACCUUAGUGUUCAUUUGUUAAAAGCGGUUGAUCACUAAAUGAAUCAUCUUUACACUCUAAAUCCUCAAACAGUCAGCAGUUGGGGUUUGAGCAGGAAGGGGGUUCUGUACAUCUAAAUGAACACUUCCAUUUAUAUGCACACAUCAGUGUGAAACUGUGACUUGUGGCCAUAAGCUGUGACCUCUGCAGAGGUUCAUAUAGUUGUGCACAAACAUUAAUGCCAUCAU